UAAUCCCAAGUCCCAAACACUCCGCUCACUCACCGACUCGCUUCGUCUUCCUCUUCCCUCCUCGAUUCAAAAUUCCAAAAUCCGAUCCACCAUGAGCUCCGCCACAGUUCUCGACGAAGAUAAUCCUGCUGCCAAAGAGGUUCGUAUUCAUAAGGACCCUUUGAUGAGCAGUGCACAGAGGAGAAAGCUGUCGGAUAUUAGCAAUUUGGAGCAAAUGAAGACGCAGAAGCAGCAGCAGCAGCAAGCUAUGCUCUUCUCUUCUAAAGAAUAUGCUGAGAAGCUUGAAAAGGAAAACAUGACACUGAUGAAAGCUCUAGCACACAGAAAUAAAAUUAUUGAGCUGAGCGGUGUUGAGAUUCAGAAACUGAGGAUUAACUUACGGAAUGUGCAGGAAAAGAAUUUGCAGCUUGCACAGGCUAACAGUCAUAUGUUGGCGGAACUCAAUGCAAACAGAGACAGCCUCAAGCUACUUCAGCAUGAACUUUGCUGCAAGAAUGUAUUACUCGAAGCCAGGAAAAGGAAGACUGAGGAGCAAGGACUUCCAUCUACAGAUAACGAUUCGAAAGAUAAGGCGCAUGAUGUGAAUCACAAAGAUACAAAGAGAAAGCGAACGUCAAUGAUAAAACGUAAACUGUUUAUCAUAUCUUCAUUGUUGAUUCUAGAGGUUUAUUUUUUUGCAUACUUACCCUAUGUCGUUUCAUUUUCAGCCUCAGAAAGCUCCGUUGUUAAGCCAAUACAGGGUAAAGAGAACGUCAACAGUAAAAGGAGAGUUUCUGGAGUCAUAGAUACUACUGUUAUCCCUGAAGUAACCUGUCAGACUGAAGAAGACGCUGAAAAAGGGUUUGUCUCUCAAGGGACAAACCAAAUUGCUGACAAUAUUGUCAGCAAUAAGUUUGUUCUUGAUGCAGCUAACCCGGUAAAAGACGGUGUCAAUAGCAAGAGGCAAUGUGUACGAAGGAAAUCUACCAGGUUUGAUGUUCAAGCAACUGAACAAACGGAAACAGUGCUUGAGAUGGAUGUUGCCAAAGACACUAAAGAAACCGCAAGGAUUUCUUUGAAAAGACGGUCUGCUCGGUUAAGGCCGGAAGAAGCUGAACCAUGUAAAAGCUUCCAUGAGAGAGACGAACUCAAGGAGACAGUCAAGGGGAGAAGAGUAUCUUCAAGGAAACAGUCUGCAAGGUUUGAUUUACAAGAAACGGAAGUGACUGGAACCUUGAAUGCUGAUGAUGCAGGGAAAGCUUCUGGAGUCAUAGAUACUACUGUUAUUCCCGAGAUAACCUGUCAGGCUGAAUAUGACGCUGAAAAAGGGUUUGAUUCUCAAGGGACAAAUCAAAUAGUUGACAACAUUGACAAUAUUGUCAACGAGAAGUUUGUUCUUGAUCCAGCUAACCCGAUAAAAGGCAGUGUGCAUAGCAACAGGCCAUGUGUACGAAAGAAAUCUACCAGGGUUAAUGUGCAAGUAGCUGAACAAACAGAAACAGUGCUUAAGAUGGAUGAUGCCAAAGAAACUAAAGAAACCGCAAGGCUUUCUUUGAGAAGAGUGUCAGCUCGGUUAAGGCCCAAAGAAGCUGAACCAUGUAAAAGCUUCCAUGAGAUAGACGAAGUCGAGGAGACGAUCAAGACUAGAAGAGUCUCUUCAAAACAACAGUCUGCAAGGUUUGAUUUACAAGAACCGGAAGUGACUGGAACCUUGAAUGCUGCUGAUGCAGGAAGCUUAGUAAGCGAUGGAUCUGAAGCUGUAGAACCAUCUGAAAGCAGACAGGACACAAAGGAUACAAACGGAAAAUGCAGGGUCACAACCAGAAGGCAAUCAGCAAAGUGUAUAUCUCAAACAGCUACAGAAACCGGUGGAGCCAUCAAAGAUGUAGUGACAGACCCGUCUAUAAGCAUUAACACAGUCCAAGAGAGUGAUGUUUUACCAUCGACGGUUUCUCCGGAAGACCUUGAAAAGGAAUCAAAGAACAAGCCUGAAGCUGAGGAAACCGGAGGAAUGAUGAGAAGAGCAUCUAUGAGAAGAGCAUCAAGACAUGCAGCAGAGAAAGUCCAAUCAUACAGAGAAGUCUCACUUAAAGUGAAGUUGCGGCGAGAAUGCUGAAAUCUCCUCUUGGCCUCUUGUGUUUUCUCAGUAUGCUAAAGCUUGUUGUUCAGAAGCUUACGUCAUGCUUUUGUGUAUCCAAGUCAAAGGAUUUCCUUUGUGUAAGGUAAAAAAACUACACUUCUAAUUUAGUGUGUGUGCAUCAGACAGACUUAAGUGACUAAAUCUGGUACUGUUUUUCA